CGCUUUACGUGAUGUCGACCUAAUUGGUAGGUCACACUUUAAGCGUAAAAUAGCGUUUAUUACGCGUUUAUGGGUCAGUAUACCGGUACCGGGAGUGUGUUUAUGCUUUACGGUACGGUUUUACUAUUUAGACCGGUUUAGGUCUCCACGUGGCGUUUACAGGAUCCUACGCCGUAAAUCAUACUGUAUUGAUGGCUGUGAGGUGUUAUUAGUGAUUUUUUGCUCAAAAUGAUCUCGAGAUCGUUGGAGAUUCGCGUUGGUGGGAAGUAUCGUCUCGGACGUAAGAUUGGUAGCGGCUCAUUUGGCGAUAUCUUUAUGGGCACGCAGAUUCAAACAGGCGAGGACGUUGCCAUCAAACUUGAAUCACACCGCAGCAGGCACCCUCAGCUUCUAUAUGAAUCAAAGCUAUAUCGUCUUCUAGCCGGUGGAGUGGGUAUACCCACCAUCCACUGGUAUGGCAUCGAAGGUGAGUACAACAUCCUCAUUAUGGAUUUGCUCGGUCCCUCCCUGGAGGACCUCUUCACUAUUUGUAAUCGCAAGCUUAGUUUAAAGAGUGUACUGAUGCUUGCCGACCAGAUGCUGAACCGUAUAGAAUAUUGCCACUCCAAGAACUUUAUUCAUCGUGAUAUUAAACCCGAUAACUUUUUGAUCGGUCGCGGUAAGAAAAUAUCGAUAGUUUACAUAAUCGACUUUGGAUUGGCCAAGAAAUAUCGUGACCCAAAGACUGGUCAGCACAUUUGUUACCGUGAGGGCAAGAAUCUUACAGGUACAGCUCGUUACGCCAGCAUCAACACUCAUUUGGGUAUUGAGCAAAGCCGCCGUGAUGAUUUGGAGGCCUUGGGUUACGUUCUUCUGUAUUUCAUGCGUGGAUCACUUCCAUGGCAGGGCUUGAAGGCUAACAGCAAGAAGGAUAAGUACGACAAGAUCAGCGAGAAAAAGAUCGCGAUACCGGUUGAUUUAUUAUGUAAGCAGUUGCCCUUUGAGUUCGUCACGUUUAUUAACUAUGCGCGCUCACUGCGCUUCGAGGAUCGUCCUGAUUACCCGUACCUACGCCGGAUACUGAAGGACCUGUUUUUCAGGCAAGGCUAUCAAUACGACUUCAUUUUUGACUGGACAUUCUUACACACUGCCCAGUUGAUGCAUACGAUGGUAAACGAGGACAUUGAACGGUUUGAGCGCAUGAAUCGGGAGCGUGAUGCUGAGGAGCCUGCCACCCGCCCUGCUUUGAUUAAUAAUUAGUACUUUACUGCAGCUCGUUCUAUUGCUAUGUUGAUACAAGGUAGCGAUAUGAAAUCAUAUCUGUACUGUAACUGGGCUCUGUCAUUUUGUUCCAUGGUACUGG